AUGAAGGCCUCCAUCAUUUUCGCCUCAGUUUUUGCCGCCGCCUCUGUUGCUAGUCCGAUCGGCUGGUUCAAUUCUGGCCGUUCAGCCAGCGUGUUCCCCAGCGUGUUCUCUGCUGGUCAGCCUACUGGUCUCCCCAGUGGUUUCCCUACUGUCCUCGGUGAUCUCGACCAUCUGCAGUUCAGCAGCUCUGAGAAUGACGAGCACUACCCCUACAGCGGAAACGGCAAGCGCCGUGGCAGCCACCAUGGCCACCACAGCCCCCAUGGCUGCCACAGCCAUAACCAUAGCGACUCUGAGGAAUCCUCCGAAGAUGGUGAGCACCACAGCCGUGUCUCCGCUAGUCAGCUCCAUCAGGGUGGUAAGUACGGCUUCGAUGUCCAUGCUGGUCCCACUGGUUCCCACGGCAAGGGUGGCAAGCACCAUACCCGGCUUAGCAAGAGCGGUGAGGAGAGCAACCUUGAGGAUGAUGAGGAGUUUAGUGGAUCUGAGCACUGCAGCAGCCCCCGUGGCCACUAUGGUCACCAUGGUCGCCACAGCAAGAGCGGUGAGGAGAGUGGUGGCGAGGAACACAGCCGCCCCGUCCGUAGCAAGAGCGGUCGCCCGAGUCACUCGCGUACGCAUAGCCGUCCGACUGCCGAUGCUAGCGAUGCUGCUCCCUCACCCGUCCCCACAUCCGCUUAG